CAUAAACUAAAUCUGACAGCUUGCAGGUGUGGUAAACAUGGCAACUUUGAGGAGUAUGUACUACUUAGGGGGCUUCACCGGGGCAGGAUAUUUUCUGAUGAAGAUCGUUGAACGUGACCCGGAGACAAUACGCAAGGAGCUGCCUGAAAGACAUCAGUUAGACUAUGAAUCUGCUGCUCAGAAACGUAAUGCUGCCUUUAUGUCUGUACUGAAGAAUGCUGCAGCUGGAGAUGAUCCAGAAAUAGCAGCCAGGAAGUUGAGAGAACAGUUCGAAAAGGAAACUACUCUGCAAAAGGGUUCAUGAAAAUUUUUAUUUUGUAAUCUGUAUAUAUGUAUAAAUAAACUGUUGGGAAGGGUAUACAUAAGUUAGAAAAAAAAAAUAUAUAUAUAUAUAUAUAUAUAUAUAUAUAUAUAUAUAUAUACAGUACAGUAUACAGGUAUAUAUAGAGUCCACAAUUAUUUUGUGAAUAAUGGAUCCAACACAGUCUUCUAGUUAUUCCAAUCUCUUGGAACGCAUGAAGCAAAGAACGGAUGACUUAGCACAAAAAGCAGAGCAAAGGCGUUCAGAGAAGGAGAGUAAUGCAGCUGUAUCUGAAAAGUUUGACUAUUUUCAUGAAACUUUUCAGCAAAUGAAAAAGGACUUAGAGACAAAGAUUGAAGAAGUAGGAAAUGUCAAGAAAGCAAAUUUGAUUACUUAUUUAGAUAAUUUAGUCGAGGACUCUCAGCAAAUGCAACAGUUGCUAAAUGAAUCCUCCAUGUUCUUAGCUUCAUUCCAAAUGAAGAAAGCCUCUGCUGAGAUGAAAGAGUUAGAUGAGCUUAUUCAUUGCAGAAUAGAAGAGCUUCAGCCUAAGAAAAGGUUUGGAUUUGGGAAGAAAAAGGUUACAGAGAAAACUGAAAACAUUACUGCAAUGAAAGAUUCCACUGAUAGCAGUACUGCAAUGCAAAGUAACAGUUUAGAUGAGAUAAUAAAAAAACAAUUCUUUGGUUUCAAGGAUCAGGCUCAUCAAACACUGACAAAGUCAGCUGGUGAACUUGAGAACCGGCAGAUGAACCUGCAAAACCUGCAAGAUUGUAAGGUUAUUGCUCUGGGUAACCCAAGUACAUUACAGGUAGCUUCACUUAGGAAUUGUACUGUGAUUAUUGGUCCAACCUCUAGGUCAGCAUUUAUUAAAGACUGCAUUAAUUGUAAAUUUGUUAUGGCUUGUCAGCAAGUUCGCAUUCAUAAUACACAAAACACUCAGUUUUAUUUGCAUGUCACAGGUGCAGCUAUAAUAGAAAAUUGCCAGAAAGUUCAAUUUGCACCUUACACACUCAGAUAUCCAGAACUUGAAGACCAUUAUUGCCAAAGUGGCUUAGAUCUGAAUAUAAACCAGUGGGACAAAAUAGAUGACUUUCAUUGGUUAAGUGAGAGUGAAAUAUCCCCCAACUGGUCAGUCAUUCCUGAAGAUGAAAGGCUUGAAAAUUGGCUUGAGUGAGUACUGUAAAUGGUUAUUGUAUAUCAUGAACUGAACUGUGUUUAAAGGCUUUGUUAAAUAAUAUUCAUGGUGGUGAUUUUCUCUAUUUCUUCCUGAGAAUGUGGUUUUAAAUAUCCCCAUCAAAUCAGAUUGUUUGUAAUACCAAGAUUUUGUCUCAGAAUUCCAAUUCUCACACAAUCGGUAAAAUCUCAAAAGCGUAACAAUUAUUGUGUGGGGGGUGUUGUCUAUUUUAGUUCUAAAUCCUGCUUGAGACCUUUAAAAAUCAGCAUUUAAUAUUGUAAAGUGCAUUGAACCUUCCCAAUACUGUACUGGACUAAUUCAUUCCAGCCCUGUCUGUUAAUGAGAUGAUUUCCUGUAUUUUACAUUAAAUAAUAUAAAUGGGUCCUAGGAGUAUUAGCCUCUGCUGUGACUACAUAUGGUGUGUACAGUACAGUAUAUACAGCAGGCAGUCCCUGAAUUAUGACCGUCCGACUUACGAACACCCUCACUUACGAACUAGUGUAUUUUUUAUUGUUAAUUUUAUUUACUAUGAAUUAUUAUUAUUAUUAUUAUUAUUAUUAUUAUUAUUAUUAUUAUUAUUAUUAUUAUUGCAUUCCCCCCCCCCCCCAUUAGCCUGGGUGGGCUAAUCCCUGUUAUAUUAAAAAAAAAAAAAAUAUGUUUUGCUCCACUAGAAAAAUUUCGGUUUUCAGAUGUUUUUGGAUAAGGGAUUGUCAACCUGGGUAUGCUGUAUAUAUACAGUAUGUGAUGAUCAUUUUAGUUUUUAUAUCUGUUUAAGACAGUGGAGGCCUUUUUAAAGAUGACUUACAAAAAGCAAAAUAUUUUUUUUUGGCUUUUUGCUCGCAUUUCCAUAGUUUCAGAUUUCAUGGUAAGCAUAACCAGAAUAAUGUACUCCUUAUUGAAUCAAAUUAAAAAAAAAAAAAAAAUAAUAUAUAGUAUCACAGGAUACAAAUCCUUUUUUCACAGUUGCAGGAUUAAAAGUUAGGUGCAAAAAGGCUUUCAUAACUUUAAAUGCCUAACUGCUACUGAUUUGGGCCAUAUAUUCUGCUGGGCUUAGUUCUGUAACUACACUGAUAAGAAACGUUUGUUCCUUGUCAACCGGAUAAUUUUCUGCUAUUUUAUAAUUUUUACUUCAAUCACUAUAUGGGAACAUAAUACAGCCGACACUCACAUAAGCCUUCAAGUCACCAUGUUAGUAACGUAAGUUUUUAAGCAAAGGAAGUAUGAGGGUAUGUUUAAGAGCACCUCUGUAAAGGAAAAUAAACUAUGCAUAUGUUGUGUGUAUAUAUAUAUUACUUUUCUCUUCUUAAUGCUUCGUAUGAUAACUGGAAUACUACAUAUGUGACUGAAGUAAAGGGAUUAUGUUAAAGUCCUGCCAGUGUUUUUGUUGAGGAGAGGAACUGGAGUUGGAAGAAUGGAUAAUCUAGAGAAUAAAGUAGGUAGGUGUUGAGGAAGAUUAUUUAUUAAAGCUAUUGUAGAAAUAUUAUUUAACCCUUGCCCCAUGGCUAUUGGAAGGCCUACUUUGUGUUGUAUGCUCCAAAAAAAACAUGAAAAAAUAAAAACUCUUAAAAAAAUCUUGUAUUCUUAGAUAUCCACAGUUAUGUACUAACCACUAUCCACAGUGAAAUUAAUUUCUAAUUGUGAAGUUAAACAGAUUAUUAUAUUAAUUCGUCUUCCUUCGGAAUCAUCAAGUGAAUGGUAAAGAACUAUCACCAGUGUAAAUUUUAUUGGAUCACUUGAAGAUAACCCUCUAGUUUAUUUCACUUAAAGAUUAACCACCCUAACCUCACCUAACAUAGCUUAGCCCAUUAGGUAGAGUUCAGGUGCUUAAUUAUCAGUUGAAUUAUGUUGGGGCUAAUCUUCAGGUGAUCCUUAGUUUCUCUAUUGAGCUCAGUUUCUGCAGCACCAGGGAAUAUGUCAAAGCAAGGAAUGUAUCGCACCACCUGUGAUUUGUACACCAAACCAGGACACCUCUUUGAGUGAAGGAACACCUUCGUCUACUUUACAGUAUGUGAUUGAGUUACUUUUACUUUACUUUUAUGGAAGUGGCUAAAGUACCGGUCACGGCAAAAUAGCCUGACAGGCUAAAUUACCCAUCAUGCCAAAAUAGCUGUUUUGGGCUACUUUGUCGAUCCAUUGUUUAUGUAAUAAAAAUAUUGUAAUGGUAUAAUGAUAUAGUAUAACAGUAUUUGUUGUAGUAUGCAAAUAAAAACAUGACAUGAUGA